GCCGCUUCCCUAUCGGCUCCUCCUCCCUCCUUGGGAAGCAAAGGAGGAGGGAGGGGGGGGAUGUGGGAUGGACCGGGAUAUGGGGAGGCGUCAAUGGGGACCACAUCCUGCCCUCUUUAGCCUCCCCUUUGCCCUGGCUCCCAUCGCCCAGCCAUGCUGCGCUGCUUGCUCCAACGUGCCACCCAUCUCCCCAACUUGGAGAAAGGGGACAAGCAAAGCGAUCCCAUAGCCAGCUUGACAUUCCGAGGGGUCAAGAAGAGGACUAAAGUCAUCAAGAACAAUGUGAACCCCGUAUGGAACGAGGGCUUCGAGUGGGACCUGAAGGGAGCUCCCCUGGACCCCGGUGCUGAGCUCAGCAUCGUUGUGAAAGACCAUGAGACCGUGGGGAGAAACAGGUUCCUGGGGGAGGCCCGGGUGCCCCUGCGGGAUGUGCUCAGCUCGCCCAGCCUGGCUGCAUCCUACAACCUGCCCCUGCUGGACACCAAGAAACAGGCAACAGGGGCUUUCCUCCUCCUGCAGGUCUCCUACAUCCCCCCUCCAGGAGCUCCUCCCCUGUUCCCUCCUCCGGCUGCCCCCGAGCCAGCGCCGGCUGCUGCUGAGCCCGACUCGGUCCCUGAGACGGCCGGAGAGGAGGAGACAGAGGAUCAAGGAGCUACAGGGGAUGAGAUGGAGCCCUCCUCAUCUUUGGGGCCACCCAGCUCUGAGACCCCCUCGCUGCCCCACAAGCCCCCAGUGCACCACGUCCAGGGGGUGAAGAGGAGGAGGAGCUCCCCCAAAAAGCCUUUGUCCAACAAGCCACAGGACUUCCAGAUCAGGGUGAGGGUCAUUGAGGGCAGGCAGCUCCCAGGGGUCAACAUCAGGCCCGUGGUGAAGGUGACGGCCGCGGGGCAGACCAAGAGGACGCGGAUCCGCAAAGGAAACAGCCCCUUCUUUGAUGAGACCUUCUUCUUCAAUGUCUUCGAGUCACCAUCCGAGCUGUUUGAUGCACCCAUCUUCAUCACGGUCGUGGACUCGCGGUCGUUCCGCACGGAUUCGGUGAUCGGGGAAUUCCGGAUGGACGUGGAGACCAUUUACUCCGAGCCAAAACACGCUUUCCUCAGGAAGUGGCUGCUGCUCUCGGACCCAGAGGACUUCUCUGCGGGGGCCAAGGGCUACCUCAAGGUCAGCCUCUUCGUGCUGGGGCCUGGAGACGAAGCUCCGCUGGAGAAGAAAGAGGUCUCUGAAGACAAGGAGGACAUCGAGGGCAACCUCCUGCGCCCCACCGGGGUCACCCUGCGAGGGGCCCACUUCUGCCUCAAGAUCUUCAAGGCUGAGGAUUUGCCCCAGAUGGAUGAUGCUGUCAUGGACAACGUCAGGCAGAUCUUUGGCUUCGAGAGCAACAAGAAGAACCUGGUGGAUCCCUUUGUGGAAGUCAGCUUUGCAGGCAAGACGCUCUACUCGAGGAUCCUGGAGAAGAACGCCAACCCGCAGUGGAACCAGUGCCUGACACUGCCAGCAAUGUUCCCUUCCAUGUGUGAGAAGAUGAGGAUCCGGGUGACCGACUGGGACCGUCUGACGCACAACGAUGUCAUCGGCACUGCCCACCUCUGCAUGUCCAAGAUCUCGGCCCCCGGCGGGGAGCUGGAGGAUGAGUUUCCGGCUCUCGCGAAGCCUCUGAAAGCCUCAGACCUGGACGACGGCCUCGGGUUCCUGCCAACGUUUGGUCCCUGCUACAUCAACCUCUACGGCAGCCCCCGGGAGUUCACCGGCUUCCCUGACCCUUAUGAGACGCUCAACCUGGGCAAGGGCGAGGGUGUUGCGUAUCGCGGCAGGAUGCUGGUGGAGCUGGAGACCAAGCUGGUGGAGCACGUGGAGCAGAAGGUGGAGGACAUCUCUGCGGAUGACAUCCUGCGUGUGGAGAAGUACCUGCGCCGCCGGAAGUACUCCCUGUUUGCUGCCUUCUACUCGGCCACCAUGCUGCAGGAUGUGGAUGAUGCCAUCCAGUUCGAGGUCAGCAUCGGCAACUACGGCAACAAGUUUGACACCACGUGCCUGCCCCUGGCCUCCACCACGCAGUACAGCCGGGCUGUCUUCGAUGGCUGUCAGUAUUACUACCUGCCCUGGGGCAACGUGAAGCCCGUGGUGGUGCUGUCAUCCUACUGGGAGGACAUCAGCUACCGGACUGAUGCCCAGAACCUGCUCCACCACGCAGCAGACAGGCUGGAAGCAAACCUGGAGAAGGUCCACCUGGCUCUCAAGGCCAACCGCUCACCGAGUGAGCUGGAUGCCCUGUGUGCCCAGCUGCUGGAUGACACCAUCGCUGACUGCAGCCUGAGCCUGCCGGAUGUCCUGGCUAAACCAGCCAGCACCCACCUGGACCAGAACCUGUACCGGUUCCGCAGCAGCAACCUGGAGCAGAUCGUGAAGACGGCGCUGAAGCUCAAGCACGAGGACUCGAGCCUCUCGGCAGCCCUGGAGCAGGCAGAGGACUGGCUCUCCAGGCUGAAGGCCAUGGCGGAGGAGCCCCAGAACAGCCUCCCCGACAUCGUCAUCUGGAUGCUGCAGGGGGACAAGCGCGUGGCGUACGCCCGCGUGCCCGCCCAUGAGGUCCUCUUCUCCAGGAACAUCUCCAACUGCUGCGGGAAGCACUGCGGGAAGCUGCAGACCAUCUUCCUGAAGUACCCCCAGGAGGAGGUGAUGGGCCCGAAGAUCCCGGCGCAGAUCCGGGUGCAGCUCUGGUUCGGGCUCUCGGUGGAUGAGAAGGAGUUUAACCAGUUCGCCGAGGGCAAGCUCUCCGUCUUUGCCGAAACCUAUGAGAACCAGACCAAGCUGGCGCUGGUGGGGAACUGGGGCACCACUGGCCUCACCUACCCCAAGUACUCCGAUGUCACCGGCAAGAUCAAGCUGCCCAAGGACAGCUUCCGCCCCUCCACGGGCUGGACCUGGGCUGGGGACUGGUUCAUCUGCCCGGAGAAGACGCUGCUGCAUGAUGUGGAUGCCGGGCACCUGAGCUUCGUGGAGGAGGUGUUUGAGAACCAGCUCCGGCUGCCUGGAGGCCAGUGGAUCCACAUGACCGAUGCCUACACUGAUGUGAACGGGGAGAAGGUCCUGCCUAAGGAUGAGAUCGAGUGUCCUCCAGGCUGGAAAUGGGAAGAUGUGGAGUGGGACACGGACCUCAACAGAGCUGUGGAUGAGAAAGGCUGGGAAUACGGCAUCACCAUCCCUCCGGACCGCAAGCCCAAGGCCUGGGUGCCGGCAGAGAAGAUGUACCACACCAACCGGCGCCGGCGCUGGGUGCGCCUGCGCCGCCGGGACCUGGCGCACAUGGAGACCAUGAGGAAGCACAAGCAGGAGGAGCUGGAGGGCGAGGGCUGGGAAUACGCCUCGCUCUUCGGUUGGCGCUUCCACCUCAAGCAGCGCCGCACCGACACGUUCCGCCGCCGCCGCUGGAGGCGCAGGAUGGAGCCCCUGGAGCGCACCGGGGCUGCCGCCGUCUUUGCCUUGGAGGGGGCCCUGGGGGGAGUGACAGACGACAAGAGCGAUGAUGGCAAAUCCAUCUCCACCCUCAGUUUCGGUGUCAACAGACCCACCAUAUCCUGCAUAUUUGACUAUGGGAACAGGUACCACCUCCGCUGCUACAUGUACCAGGCGCGGGACCUGAUCGCCAUGGACAAGGACAGCUUCUCAGAUCCUUACGCCAUCGUCUCCUUCCUCCACCAAAGCCAGAAGACGGUGGUGAUCAAGAACACCUUGAACCCCACCUGGGACCAGACGCUCAUCUUCUAUGAGAUCGAGAUCUUCGGGGACCCCCAGAACGUGGCUGAGUCCCCUCCCAACAUCGUGGUGGAACUUUAUGACCAAGACACCUAUGGAGCAGAUGAGUUCAUGGGGCGCUGCAUUUGCCAGCCCAGCGCAUCCCGCUCCCCGCGCCUCUCCUGGUACCCUGUCCUCAAGGCGAACAGGAACGUCGGGGAGCUGCUGGCCGCCUUCGAGCUGAUUCAGAGGGAGAAGCCGGCUGUGCACCACAUCCCUGGCUUCGAGAAUGAGCUCUCCUCCACCCUGGAUGAGUCUGAGGACUCGGACCUGCCGUACCCCCCACCCCAGCGAGAGCCCAACAUCUACAUGGUCCCCCAGGGCAUCAAACCGGUCCUGCAGCGCACGGCUGUCGAGAUCCUGGCCUGGGGGCUGAGGAACCUCAAGAGCUACCAGCUGGCCAGUGUCACCUCGCCCAGCCUGCUGGUGGAGUGUGGGGGCCAGUUCGUGCAGUCCUGUGUCAUCAAGAACAUCAAGAAGAACCCCAACUUCGAUGUCUCUGUGCUCUUCAUGGAAGUGCGUCUGCCCAAGGAGAGCCUCUACAGCCCCCCCAUCGUGCUCAAGAUCAUCGACAACCGCCCGUUCGGCCGCCGGCCCGUGGUGGGGCAGUGCAGCAUCCGCGCCCUGGGGGACUUCUACUGUGACCCCUACCAGGAGGACAGCCACAGUCCCCAGGAGCACACAGAUGAUGUGAGCCUCACGCCCAGGGAUGACGUCCUCAUUGACAUCGAUGACAAAGAGCCUCUUAUUCCUGUCCAGCUUGCAGAAGGUCUGACCAGCUCAGCUUUAAUUAACACGCCAGCUUCUUGGGCCCAACCUCAUGUAUGUAUUGCUUACGAAGAGUUCAUUGACUGGUGGAGCAAGUUCUAUGCUUCCACAGGAGAGAGGGAGAAAUGUGGCUGCUAUUUGGAGAAGGGCUUCGACACCCUCAAGGUCUAUGAGACGGAGCUGGAGAACGUGGAGGACUUUGAGCAUCUCUCUGACUUCUGCCACACCUUCAAGCUCUAUCGUGGCCGCUCACAGGACUCAAACGAUGACCCCUCGGUCGUGGGGGAGUUCAAGGGCUCAUUCAAGAUCUACCCUCUCCCGGACGACCCGCGGGUCCCGAUGCCCCCGAGGCAGUUCCACCAGCUGCCGGCCAGGGGACCCCAGGAAUGCCUUGUCCGGGUCUACAUCAUCCGAGCCUUCGGCCUGCAGCCCAAGGACACCAAUGGGAAGUGUGAUCCCUACGUGAAGAUUUCAGUGGGGAAGAAAUCCAUAAAUGACCAAGAAAAUUACCUGCCCUGUACGCUGGAGCCCGUCUUUGGGAAGAUGUUCGAGCUGAGCUGCACUCUGCCCCUGGAGAAGGACCUGAAGAUCACGCUCUACGACUACGACCUCCUCUCAAAGGAUGAGAAGAUCGGGGAGACCAUCAUAGACCUGGAGAACCGCUUCCUGUCCAAAUACGGGGCGCGCUGUGGCCUCCCCCAGACCUACUGCGUCUCUGGACCCAACCAGUGGCGGGACCAGCUCCGUCCUUCCCAGCUGCUCCACCUCUUCUCCCUGCAGCACAACUACAAGGCUCCCACCUACAAGUCCGACCGGGUCAUCUUCAGGGAGCAGGAAUACAUCCUCUCUGAGCUGGAGGAUGGCAAAGCCCCCAACCCUCACCUGGGGCCGGUGGAGGAGCGGCUCGCGCUGUACGUGCUGCGCAAGCAGGGGCUGGUGCCCGAGCACGUGGAGACCAGGCCUCUCUACAGCCCUCUGCAGCCAGAGAUCGAGCAGGGGAAGCUGCAGAUGUGGGUGGACCUGUUUCCCAAAUCCCUGGGUCAGCCUGGCCCCCCGUUCAACGUCACACCACGCAAAGCCAAGAGGUUCUACUUGCGCUGCAUCAUCUGGAACACCAAGGAUGUCAUCCUCGAUGACCUCAGCAUCACCGGGGAGAAGAUGAGUGAUAUCUACGUCAAAGGCUGGCUGGUUGGCCACGAGGAGAACAAGCAGAAGACAGAUGUGCACUACAGGUCAAUGGGAGGAGAGGGCAACUUCAACUGGAGAUUCGUCUUCCCCUUUGACUACCUCCCCGCUGAGCAGAUGUGUUACAUUGCCAAAAAGGAGCACUUCUGGAGCUUGGACAAGACAGAAAACAAGAUUCCACCACAGCUCAUCUUCCAGAUCUGGGACAACGACAAGUUCUCUUUUGAUGACUAUUUGGGCUCCAUUCAGAUGGAUCUCAACAGGAUGCCCAAACCUGCCAAGACCGCUGAGAAGUGCUCCUUGGACCUAGUAGAUGACACCUGGCCUUCAAGUCGCUUUGUGUCACUCUUUGAGCAGAAAACAGUCAAGGGAUGGUGGCCCUGUGUUGCUGAGCAGGAUCAGAAGAAGAUCCUGGCGGGCAAAUUGGAAAUGACUUUGGAAAUCGUGGCAGAACAAGAGCAUGAGGAGCGGCCAGCUGGCAUGGGUCGGGAUGAGCCGAAUAUGAACCCCAAGCUGGAGGACCCUAAGCGCCCGGAAACCUCCUUCCUCUGGUUCACCUCCCCAUACAAGACCCUGAAGUACAUCCUGUGGCGGCGGUACAAGUGGGUGCUUAUCCUGGCCAUCGUGCUCUUCAUCUUGCUGCUCUUCCUGGGAAUCUUCAUCUACGCCUUCCCGAACUAUGCUGCUAUGAAACUGGUGAAGCCUUUCAACUGAAGCUGUGCUGGGAAGAGCCUG